UAUUGUUUCAUAUUUCUUUAUAAACAGUAAUUGUUUGUAAUGGCAUGUCUAACACGUACAAUUUCCUGAAGAUAGACGUAAGUACGUUCAGUGCUAUUGCAGAGAGUGAUGAUAUAACGCAUGGAGGAGCAUUCAAAAAUAUUGAAGAUAUUGGUAGAGCAUUGCAUAGAGACAUACGGAAUGGAGGACUUUUGGAAAUAGAAUGGAGUGAUAAGAAAGAUAUGAAGAACGGGAAGGAGGAGAGAAAAAAAGAUAUGAAGGACGGGAAGGAGGAGAGAAAAAAAGAUAUGAAGGACGGGAAGGAGGAGAAGAAAAAAAGAUAUGAAGGACGGGAAGGAGGAGAGAAAAAAGAUAUGAAGGACGGGAAGGAGGAGAGAAAAAAAGAUAUGAAGGACGGGAAGGAUGUAAAACAACAAACUAAUAAACAGGUAACGGAGAGCACUGCUCAAGCAAAUGCAAAGCAAAUCUAUGCUGAUGAGAGUAGAAGAAUCUACGGCAUGAACGAAAUAAUGGUAGGAGACCCUCAAUCAUUCACAAGCAUACUACGCAAAAAUACACAUGAUAGAAUGCUCAUGCUGCUGUUCAUCGCUGCAAUCAUAUCUCUAACCGUUGGCAUUUACAACACGUUGUACGAGAAUGAACGGUACAGCUACAUCGAGGGUCUCUCAAUUCUACUAGCUGUAGUUAUCAUCGUGGUUGUGAGCUCGGUUACGGAGUACACACAGGAACGGCUGUUCAAGAGCUUGGAAAAUAAAAAAUCGGAUCUUAUGGUAAAGUACGUUGAGAAUGACGUGUUCAUGACAAAGAAAAUAUCGGAGAUAUUGGUCGGUGACAUGCUGUACGUUGAACCGGGCGAUAUACUGCCUGCUGAUGCGGUGCUUGUCUCUUGCGACACGGUGUUUGUUGAUGAAUCGAUGCUUACGGGCGAAUCACAUGCUGUGGAGAAGAACUUGCACGCGCCGGUGCUCCGUGCCGGCAGCUACAUGUUAGAGGGGGCUGCGCGCUGCCUGGUAAUAGCAGUUGGUUACAACUCAACGAAGGGCAGGCUGCUGCGCAGCAUGGUGCGGCCGGUCAGGAAGACUGCGCUGGAGAAAAAGAGCGAGAACCUGGCCAAUAAGCUUGCCACAAGGGCACUCAUCGUGUGCAUGCUCUUCUUCUGCUUGCAUAUCGUAAAGAUAUACGUGUUUGAGGGACCGUACACGGUCACGUAUUUCGUAAAAAAGGCUAUCGAGACCAUCGCACUGGCAGUGAUGAUAAUACCUGAAGGAUUGCCUAUGGCAACCACCAUGGCACUCUCUUUCGGUACCAAGCGUAUGCUCAAGGACAACAACCUUGUCAGAGACAUCUCGGCAUGCGAAAAGAUGAACAAUGUGCGGUAUCUUUGCACCGAUAAGACGGGCACACUCACGUACAAUAGGCUUAAGCUCAGAAAUGCGUACGUAAAACGGAAGAGCCUGGUCGACUCAGCACUCGUAAAAAGCAUCUUUGAUGUGAAAGAUGCUGAUAAUUACCAAUACAUCGUAAAGAACGUUGUUUUUAACUCAUCUGCAUUUAUGAACCAGGACGGUGUGUACGUAGGCUCACGGCUUGAGAGCACGCUGCUCACGCUUCUGGAGAAAAUCGGUGUGGACGUUCUUUCCAUGAGGAAGAAGGGCCGGGUGCUGAGAAGGCUUUGUUUUAGCUCUGAGCGGAAGUACAUGGCAACGAUUAUUGAGGAUGAAUGCGAUGAGCACGGUGCUGUGACGGGGAACAGGACCGGUGGGGAUGAGUGCGAUGUUGUAAGCCAUGAAAAUCGUAACACUAACUGCGCUGGUGAUCGUGAUGUGUGCUCUAGUGCAGAUCCCAGCAACAGCACCGUUACUCAUCCUGGUACUGCUGUGCAUCCCGAUGCUCACAAUAAUGUCAUCGCUUAUCGAAGAGUAAUAAGCACAAAUCGGAACAACGAACGGCGAAAUGAACGAAAAUACGUUGUGCUGCUCAAAGGAGCUACCGAGCAGAUCGUAAAACACUGCCAAUACGAGGUGAUAAACGGUACAAAAACACAAAUAGACCGCUCUAAAAUAGCAAAGUACCUGAAGAAACAGGAGAAGCUGUGCAAAAGAACAAUUGCUAUGGCGUACACACAUGUACCGGGGUACGACAGCACGUUCCUAGAGAUCGAGCAGCUGCCUGAUUUGGUGUUUCUUGGCUGUUUCUCCUUUGAGGAUCCGCUGCGUGAGAGCAUCGAUAGCAAAAUCGAUCUGAUGAAGGACGCGGGCCUUAACAUCGUAAUGCUCACCGGUGACAGUCUUGAGUGUGCACUGUACAUUGCAGAGGAGAUCGGCAUACUGGACGGGAAGCACGAGGCUAUCACGGGCAAGUGCUUUAAAGGGAUGUGCGAUGGUGAGUUGAUGAACAGAAUUGAGAACAUACGGGUGAUUGCCCGUGCUACACCGGCAGAUAAACAGCGUUUCGUGGAAAUUCUGCAGAAGAAGGGCGAAAGCGUGGCAGUCACCGGAGACGGUGCGAAUGACGGUCCUGCGCUCAAACUUGCAGAUGUAGGCUUUUCGAUGGGAAUGACCUGCACAGACAUCGCCAAGGAGGCAUCUUCCAUUAUAAUCCUAGACGAGAGCUUUGAGGCGAUCAUACGGGCAAUUGCCUGGGGACGGUGCAUCAACGACUCAAUACGGAAGUUUUUGCAGCUGCAGCUCACGGUCACGGUGUGCACGGUUGUGUUAAUGGUGGUGUCCUCGCUAUUUACCUUCGAGAACGGAGCACUGUUCACACCGCUGCAGCUGCUCUGGAUCAACCUGUACAUGGACGCAUUCUCGGCAAUUUCUCUGUCAACCGAUAAGCCAACACUCAUGCACCUGAAGAGAAAGCCUGAGCAUCCUGACAAUCCGCUCAUAACCAGCCACAUGAAAAACUUUGUGUUCUUCUCCACGUUCUACAUUCUCAUGGUCACCCUGUUCAUGUACUACGCCAAUUUUACGUAUUCGCUCAUUUUCAACACGUUCUUUUUGAUGGUCGUUGCCACGCAGAUCAACGCACGCUCCCUUUCGUCACGGAUCAGUCCGUUCCUGAACAUCACACACAACCACUACUUCAUCGGUGUAAACGUGGCUGUUCUAGUGUGCCAACUCUUUGUGAUGCAGAAGUUUAACUUGGUAUUUCAUACGGAGGCGCUUACGAUCAACGAGUGGGUCAUUGCGGUCGUGCUGGCCGCGCUACUGCUGAUGUACAUGGCGGUGAUCAGACGGCUUGAGAAUUACUGGGAGGAACAGAGAAUUGCACGCUGGAACAGCAGCUUGGCACACAGCCGUACGUCCGCAGCACAGGGCUGAGAGCAUCACGCGAUGCAUUAUAACUAAAUUUGCACGCUGCCACGGUUGCCAACACGUGGUAACGAAGUGCCUCACCUAUGCGCAUGCAUUGAUCACAGAUUGGAGAAAUAAACGCACUUUGUUCGUACCAUUCGUUGGGGAGCUGACCGGUGAGGUAAGGGGGUUUUACGAAAACAACUCGUAGCCGUGUCAUGAAUGCUUUACCUUGCGGGUUGGUACCGUGUGUAGGGGAUGCCCUGUCAACCGCUGCCACUCACCUCACACCAAACAAAAUUCUUCUACAAAGCAAUUACACGUACACAUCGUAAUGCCCGUCACAUUCUGAUGGUAAAACAAAGACGUGUUCAUACAAACAAAAAAAUGCGUACUUUAACAUUUUAUACCAUUAAUUCCUCUGAGUGCUGUUCCUGUAAAAUGAUCAUUUACUCGUACCUAACCUGUGGUACGAAUUUAUUGCCUUUAAUACGUGCUAAUAAUGGCAGUGCAGCUUACGUUACGGUAGCUCUCACAGCACCGUAGCAAUUCGGUAGAAAAUACGUUUUGUUAUUGUUGUUUAGGUAGACUGCUUUGGUGGAUGUUGGUAUGGAGAGAGUUAGCGGUUGUGGCGGGAAAAGAGAAUUUGGCGGUUGUGGUGCUGCUCUCAGUCACGUACGUGUUAAAGGCUGUCAAAAAAAUAUUUGUGGUAAAGAAGUGUAGAAAAAUUAUUUGUACACAAGACCAUGCCCAGAUAAGAUCGAUGAUCCGUAAAGGUUGCAAAACAAGGUAAAUAUUGAACACGAGGACCGUAUGUAC